CUUUGCUCCCGGUCUUGGGCUGGCUUCUCGUUCGCCGGCGGCCGAAGUCGAUCGAGAUCUUGGGUGGCGGGCGGCGAGUUGUGGAGUUGCUUGCGGUUGGUGGUCGUCACGUGACUCGUGCGGGGAAUAUAUAAGCCUGGCUCGUCCGCGCGGGGUCGUGUACGCCGUCCGAUCGGAAUGGGGCGGCCGUGAUCGAGCCUGAGUCGGACCCGACUCGUGAGCUGGCCCAAACCAACACGCGCGUCGCGGUCGCACGGGACACCGAGGCGCCUGAAACGAGAGGAGAGGAGAGGCGAGGCGGCGCCGGCGCCGAAGGAGAGGGGAGGAAGGGGGAAGAGGCGAUGGCGGCCAUCGGCUCCUCCAACAUCGGCUUCCAGGUCCGUGCGUCGCCUCGCCUCCCGCAUGCUUCUGAAGAAGUCAGGGUGGAAGGAGGGCACCGGCCUCGGGGCGCAGGAGCAGGGAAGGUUGGAACCUGUGGAGACUCGUCUUAAGAACAAUAAGCGUGGUUUAGGUUCUAAAGAACCAAAGCUGAAGCCAAAGGUCGAGGAUGAUGUUGAAAAAGAUCUCAAAAAGCCCAAGCAGGAUAUGCCGUCAAAGAAGAGGGCAAAGCUAGCUGCAAAGAGGAUACGGAAGAUACAAGAAGAGGAGAAGCGUUUACAAGAGAGGGAACUCGAAAUGGCUUUCUUCAGGGAAUUCUGGCCCGAGAAUGUGUAAAGCUGAAACUUAAUCCUCGACAUUGUAGCUGCUGACCACAUCUGAUAACGCAAUUGUAUAGCUUGUCAAAUGCUUUGCAAAUUUCAACUUUUGUAACCACAAUUAUACCCUUUUCCACCCUUCCAUUCCUGUGCGCCAAAAUGUUAACAUUGAUUUAGUGCAUGUUUUCUGCAGAGAUGUGCUGUUGUAUUACAUAUGGUUGAUUGGUGAAAGUUCACCUAGAAUUGUUUGUUA